AUGCUAACAGUGACUAGGUCUUUGAUCGAUGAUGUGUCUACUGUUGUAAGGAAAUCUCUCGGUGUUGUGCGAGCUAUAAGCAAGAGUAUGGCAUCCAGGUACAAAGAUGUCAUUGUACCAUUGCAGUCAGCCCUCAUCAGACCAGUCAUGGAGAACAGUACCCCCUUCGCUCAAAGUGAUAUAGAUGAGCUAAGUAAUGGCUGUAACCAGCUGCUCGCACUCAAACUUGAAUGUGAGUUCAGUGACACUGCUGCUGCAACAUCUCGUGUCCUAGGAGAUGGAUGCAAGCAAGUGCUUGAAGCAGAACAGCUGUGGAAGAAAUACGAUUCCCAACAAGAAAACAGAAGAAGCAAGAGACUGUUGGAAUUGUCUGUUAAGAGUAACAGGUUCAAAUCCACAGGAGCAGACCAGUUAUGUACCUCCCUGCUAGGGAGAGAUCACCUUCUGCCUGUCCAUGGACAUCCCCGCAGUGUCGGAUUAGAGGCAUCGGUCCUACAGGCACUCCAGCAAAUGGCAGCCUGUCAAGCCUUGCUUCAAAGUUUGGUUGAGGAUUUACUGGAAGAGUUCAAGUUCAUCUGCGGAGCUACAUGUCAGUCUGUAACAGAAUCGGAGGUAACAAACGACAGCCACCUUGGAUGUCAACGGUAGCCAACACUCCAAAAUCAGAACUACAGUGUAAAGAAAGACUAUCGGUGGAAAUGAAGAUCAUCAGUAAAGCACUGAAAUACACACUUAUUUUUCACAGAUGACAACGAUAUUAUAUUAAUUAUGAAUAUUCAGCAAAUGUAACCUUAGAUCUGGAUAUUAUCAUGUGAAGUUCUACUAUAACAAUAUUUUUAUGUUCAAUCUAACAAUGAAAGUUAUAAAAAAACAUAUAUUUCGGGGAAGACUUAGCUAUGUGAUUUUUAAAAUGUAGUCCAUUGGGUACUGAAAGGUAUGCACAAAAUGAAACAUUAGGGAGAAUAUUCAUACUUGGGGUAGAACUCAAGCAAAACAUGACAGGCACAGUUUUCAGGUUUUUUGUGCUCUCAGAAAGGAGAAUCUCCUAACAUUAAAAAGGAUGACUGUAAAGGAAGUACUACCAUCUAAGAACUGUGCAAGUCGCAGAAGUCUAUUUGGUAUGACUAACUACAUGUGACGUCUAUAACAUUUCAACAAUGACAGAGUUUGUCACUGAGUCACUAAGUAACUUAUUAACCUCACAAAAAAUCCACACCCUUGGUUUGACUAAGAAUAAUGACAAAGCAUUACAGAUUCUAAAAAAACUUUAGUAUAUGAAGAAAUAAUGUCUGACAGACUCAGCUUCCAUAGAAACAGAUUUUUAGUGGUCUGACACAAGAAUGUAAAGGUCAUUAUAAACCAAUUCCAUA